AUGGCUUCCACCAGCUUUCGCGUCCGAAGCGACGUGUCGGCAAAUGCCAUCUUUACUCCGCGCGAGGUGAAGCAGUACCGACGAUGGCAAAACUUGCACACCACAUUAAGGCCGAAUGAGCAAGGUCUCCUCCCCAACGCAGACGAGUUCGAGGAUUUCCAACAAUGGCUGCGGAAGCAGGACUCCGGGUACUUUUCCGACCUGUUUGAAGACGUAGCCGAACACAUUAAACCAGCCACCGCGGACGAGCCGCCCACGGCAGUCCUCUGCCGACACAUCAUGCACCCCGUCACAGCCGGCCAGCUGAGAAAGCGGUGUCCGGUCUGCACCAUCGACAUGUACAUCAGCUACACGCGCGCGCUAGAGAAAGCGCUGCGCGACGCCGGCGGCCGCGCACCACGCGCCGCCAUGCAAGCCACCUCGCCGCAGCAGGAAGCUUUAUAUGCUGCCUUCGUGACCGGCAAGCUCGAAACCCUGCACUGCCUGACCGAGCUCGAGCAAGCGGCCGCCGAGGAAGAAGAAUGGCAGGCCCGCCACAAGGACUGGAAACACGACGACGUCCGCACCGCAGCCCAGGCGCUCGAUCUGUACUGGAGCGAGGCCUUCGCCGUGCCCCCGACCCACACCCCGCCCCCGAAGACAUCCAAAGCCGUGCAGUUCGCGCCCGACACCGACUUCACCCCCUGCCGGCCCUCGCACUACUUCCACCGCAAGUCGAUGCGCUACUCGCCGGGGAAAUACACACCGGCGCCCGCCCCUGCACACCACGACCACGACCACGACCACGACCAUGAACACGGAGACGAACACGAAGAUCCUGAUCCCGACGCCGACCACUCCAUCUCCGAAGACUCGGAGGACUACCGCGCGCCCAUCCUGCUCGAGCCCGGGCCCGGCGACACCCCGGCCUCGCACAUGUACGACGCGGUGCAGACAAUGGGCGUGCUGACGGAUGCGCUGCGGUGGAGCGAGGCCGGGGUGCGGAAGGCGGAGGCGGCGCUCGCGGUGGGCAGUUUUGAGUCCAGGUUGGGCAGUUUCGAGUCGCGGCUGGAGAUGGAGGAUGAUGAUGAUGAUGAAGAGGGGGAUAGUGAUGGGGAUAGCGAGUGGGAGAUGGAGGAUGAUGGGACGGAUGGGACUAUUCUGCUUCUUCGCCUGCGUAUAAAACAUCUUACUCUGCGCACUCAACCCAUCACUCUUCGCAACCAGCGUAUCAAUCUUCUCCCCGCGCUCCAACACACUCUCAAUCGUCUUAUGCAGCACAAUCUUCGUCUCGUCCAGCUCGCGCUGAAUCUUCACUAUGCUGUCUGCCUGCGCCGGGUCCUGGUACUGCGCAAUGUACGUCUUGAGCUCGGGGAAGCUGAGCUGGGUGUCGCCGGCGCGGAAGGAGGUGUAGGCGGAGGCCGGGUAGCGGGUUGCGAAUUCGUCGAGGGUCUUGGAGAGGAUGCGGUGCGCCACGAGGGUCGGGUAUUCGGCGUCGGUUAUGAGGAGACCGCAGAGGCCUUCAGAGCGGGCUUUUUUACACACCUUUCUCCUCGACAUCUUGUCGCUGGCCCGGGCGUGUGCGCUGCGCGACUUCGCCCGCGAAGAAGGUCAGCUACAGGGUUUGUUAGCACGCGGGCGGCGUUCUCGGGGUCCUGGGCGGCAUACGAAUUCCGCGACGCUGCCCCGUGUGAAGCGGCCGUACGACGAGAGGUCGGUCUCGUGGCUCAGUUCGACGGCGGGCUUGGCCGCGUUGUUGAAGAUCUGGGGGCGGUGGUUAGCGGCGGGCGCAGCGGCGGAGGCGGGGGGCGGACUCCGAUGUACACGACCUUCAUGGCGGCGUGCAAACCUCGUCGUCGUCAUCAACAUACUACAAACACUCCUCUCACCAUGUCGUCAAUGGAUGCGGCGCAGGCGCAAUGGCUCGAGCAGCUCGCCGCCAUGCGCAAGGCCAUUGCAGACCUGAAUCUGCCUGCAGGCGCCGACAAGGCACCGGCGUACGGCGACGACAUCGAGUUCGACGACGAUGACUUCUCGGGCACCGCCAGCGGAGAAGACAUCUGGGACGUCAUCAGCGACGAGUACGAGGACGACUACAGCAGCGACCACCUCGAGCAGGCCCAGGAAAGCUCCGCCAGCAGCGCAUAUGACCAGCGCUGGCUCACCAAAAAAUGCGAGGGCGUCGCGCAGAGAGGCUCGGGGCUCGACGCGGGCGCCCUGCGAGACCAGAUUCUCGCCAUUCUGAGCAGCGACAGCAAUAACGAGGAGCUGCAGAUGAUGCUGGCCGAUAUUGUGGGCUACGAAGAGCUGGACCUGGUUGCGGAUCUCAUCUCACACCGCAGGGACGUCACCCGCUCGCUGCUGGAGCCGAAGCCAGGCGAGGACAGCGGCAUCUCAGGACGGCUCAUGACGCGGGCAGAGCGCGAGGAAGCUCUGCGGAGACAGGACUACGAGCACAAGAACGCCUCCCUUUCUGCGUCGGUUGACCGCACCGGGCCUCAGUAUCCGCACGUCUACCAGACCUACUCGGCAGGCAACAAGCUCUCCGCGUAUGGCAAGAAGUACGCUCUCCCCACGAACCACAAGCACCACGACGACAACCUCUACGAAGAGUAUGAGAUCCCUGCCAUGCCCGUGGGGACCAUCGGCGUUGGCCGCAAGCUCGUUGAGAUCAGCGAGCUGGACGGCCUGUGCCAGCGGACCUUCCAGGGCUACAAGGCCCUCAACCGCAUGCAGAGCCUGGUGUACCCCGUCGCGUACAAGACGAGCGAGAACAUGCUGAUCUGCGCGCCCACCGGUGCGGGUAAAACCGACGCCGCCAUGCUGACCAUCCUCAACACUAUCGGGAAGAACAUCAUGCCCAAUCCAAUCGAGGAGCCCGAGGCCACCGAUUUUGCCGUCAUGUUGGAAGACUUCAAGGUCAUCUACGUCGCGCCCAUGAAGGCGCUCGCUGCCGAGGUCACCGAGAAGCUGGGAAAGCGGCUGGCCUGGCUGGGCAUCAAGGCGCGCGAGCUGACGGGCGACAUGCAUCUCACCAAAGCCGAGAUCCUUGACACGCAGAUCAUCGUCACCACACCCGAGAAGUGGGACGUCGUGACGAGAAAGAGCACAGGCGACACCGAGCUUGUGCAGAAGGUGAGACUGCUUAUUAUUGAUGAAGUGCACAUGCUGCACGACGAGCGCGGUGCCGUGUUGGAGAGUCUGGUGGCCAGGACCCAGCGCCAGGUCGAGAGCACACAGUCUCUCAUCCGCAUCGUCGGCCUGUCCGCCACGCUGCCCAACUAUGUCGACGUCGCCGACUUCCUCCGCGUGAACAAGAUGGCGGGCCUGUUCUACUUCGACGCCUCCUUCCGCCCGGUCCCGCUCGAGCAGCACUUCAUCGGCGCCAAGGGCAAGGCCGGCACCAUGAAGUCGCGUGAGAAUCUCGAGCGCGUGGCUUUUGAAAAGGUAAAGCAGAUGCUGGAGAGGGGCCACCAGAUCAUGGUCUUUGUGCACUCGCGCAAAGACACCGUCAAGACGGCGCGCAGGCUCUUCGAGCUCGCUGUCGACGACGGGUGUGCGGAUCUCUUCGACCCGACCAUGCACGAGAAAUACGACGCUGCCGUCCGCGACAUGAAGCACUCCAAGGGCCGUGAGCUGCGCGAGCUGCUUGGGAAGGGCAUGGGCACGCAUCACGCUGGUAUGCCUCGCUCGGACCGCAAUCUUGUUGAGCGUCUCUUCUCCGAGGGCGUCGUCAAGGUCCUCUGCUGUACCGCCACGCUAGCCUGGGGAGUCAACUUGCCUGCUGCGGCGGUCCUGAUCAAGGGCACGCAGGUGUACAACGCGCAGGAGGGUAAGUUCACAGACCUGGGUAUCCUCGACGUGCUGCAGAUCUUCGGUCGUGCUGGUCGUCCCCAGUUCCAGGACACCGGUAUCGGCUUCAUUUGCACAACCCACGAUCGUCUGGACCACUACAUGCGCGCUAUAACCGAGCAGCAGCCGAUUGAGUCGCGGUUCUCGGCGAAGCUCGUCGACAACCUCAACGCUGAGAUCUCGCUAGGAACGGUCACUACAGUGUCCGAGGCCGUGCAGUGGUUGGGGUACUCCUACCUCUUCGUGAGGAUGCAGAAGAGUCCACUACUAUACGGCAUCGAGUGGGCCGAGAUCCGCGACGACCCGCAGCUCGUUGGACGGCGACGCAAGCUCAUCAUCGACGCCGCCCGCGUUCUGCAAAAGAGCCAGAUGAUCAUCUUCAACGAGACCACGGAAGACCUGCGCUCGAAGGAUGUCGGCCGCAUUGCCAGCCAGUUCUACGUCCAGCAGUCAAGUAUCGAGAUCUUCAACACGAUGAUGCGCCCGCGCAGCUCGGACGCUGAUGCCCUCGCUAUGAUCAGUAUGAGCGGUGAGUUCGACCAGGUGCAGUCCCGCGAGACCGAGGAGAAGGAGCUCUCGGCGCUCAAGGAGGAGGGCUACGUGAUUACCGAAGUCAAGGGCGGCUUUGCGACAUCCCACGGCAAGACAAACUACCUCCUGCAGGCUCACAUCUCGAGGGCGCGGUUGGAAGACUUCACGCUCGUCUCGGACACCAACUACGUCACCCAGAACGCUGCGCGUAUCGCUAGAGCACUGUUCAUGAUCGCGCUGAACAGGCGCUGGGGCUACCAGUGUCUGGUUCUGCUCAGCCUCUGUCAGUCAAUUGAACACCGUGUGUGGUCCAUCGAACACCCGCUGCAUCAGUUUGACCUGCCGCAGCCGGUAUUACGAGCGCUCGACCAUCGAUAUCCCUCCAUCGAAGCCCUGCGCGAUAUGGAGGCGCGCGAGAUUGGCGAUCUCGUGCACAACACGAAAAUGGGCGGCGUCAUCUCAAAGCUGCUGGACAACUUCCCAACGCUUGGGAUUGAGUCUGAGAUUGCGCCCUUGAACCGCGACGUGCUCCGCAUUAAGCUAUGGCUCACGCCCGAGUUCAAGUGGAACGACCGACACCACGGUAUGUCAGAGUCGUUCUGGAUCUGGGUGGAGAACUCGGAGACGUCUGAAAUCUACCACUACGAAUUCUUCAUCCUGUCGCGUAAGAAGCUCUACGAUGAACACGAACUCAACUUUACAAUCCCCCUCACGGACCCACUGCCGACGCAGAUCUACGUCCGCGCUGUGUCCGAUCGCUGGCUGGGCUCGGAGACCGUCCACCCCAUCUCCUUCCAGCACCUCAUCCGGCCCGACACCGAGAGCGUCUACACCGACCUGCUCGACCUGCAGCCGCUGCCCAUUGCUGCGCUCAAGAACCCGCUGCUGGAAGAGCUCUACGGUCAGCGCUUCCAGUACUUCAACCCCAUGCAGACGCAGAUCUUCCACUGCCUCUACCACACCCCCGCCAACGUGCUCCUCGGAUCGCCCACAGGCAGUGGCAAGACUGUCGCAGCUGAGCUGGCCAUGUGGUGGGCGUUCCGCGAAAAGCCCGGCUCCAAGGUCGUCUACAUCGCGCCGAUGAAGGCGCUCGUGCGCGAGCGAGUCCAGGACUGGGGCAAGCGGCUCGCAGGGCCGAUGGGCCUGAAGCUUGUGGAGCUGACGGGUGAUAACACGCCCGACACGCGCACCAUCCGCGACGCAGACAUCAUCGUCACGACUCCGGAGAAGUGGGACGGUAUCAGUCGUAGCUGGCAGACGCGUGGCUAUGUCCGCCAGGUCAGUCUUGUCAUCAUCGACGAGAUCCACCUGCUCGGUGGCGACCGCGGCCCCAUUCUCGAGAUCAUCGUGUCGCGCAUGAACUACAUCGCGUCGCAGAAGAAGGAUGGUUCUAUCCGUCUGCUCGGCAUGUCGACGGCGUGCGCCAACGCGUCGGAUCUCGGCAACUGGCUGGGCGUGAAGGAGGGCCUGUUCAACUUCCGCCACUCGGUGCGUCCAGUACCGCUGGAGAUCUUCAUCGACGGCUUCCCCGAGCAGCGCGGCUUCUGCGCGCUGAUGCAGUCGAUGAACCGGCCCACGUUCCUCGCCAUCAAGCAGCACUCCCCCGACAAGCCGGUGAUUGUGUUUGUGGCGUCGCGCCGCCAGACGCGCCUCACUGCGCGCGAUCUGAUCAACUUCUGCGGCAUGGAGGACAAUCCUCGACGUUUCCUGCGCAUGUCUGAGGACGACCUGGCGCUGAAUCUCGAGCGGGUGAAGGAUGACGCGCUGAAGGAGGCGCUGAGCUUCGGCAUCGGUCUUCAUCACGCCGGUCUGGUCGAGUCGGAUCGCUCGCUCUCAGAAGAGCUGUUCGCCAACAACAAGAUCCAGAUCCUCGUCGCUACGAGUACGCUCGCGUGGGGCGUCAACCUGCCCGCCCACCUCGUCGUCGUCAAGGGCACGCAGUUCUUUGAUGCCAAGUCCGAGGGCUACAAAGACAUGGACCUGACGGAUGUGCUGCAGAUGCUGGGCCGCGCGGGGCGUCCGCAAUUCGACACGUCCGGAAUCGCGCGCAUCUUCACGCAGGACGCCAAGAAGGAGUUCUACAAGCACUUCCUGCACACGGGCUUCCCGGUGGAGUCGUCGCUGCACAAAGUCCUCGACAACCAUCUGGGUGCCGAGAUCUCCGCCGGCACCAUCGGCACCAAGCAGGACGCUCUCGACUACCUGACGUGGACGUUUUUCUUCCGGCGCCUGCACAAGAACCCGUCCUUCUACGGGCUCGAAGUCAGCGCCGAGGAGCACAACACGCUCGCGGCCCAGACCACCGCGAACGCGUACAUGGUCGAUCUCGUCGAGACCUCGCUCGCCGCCCUCAACGACUCGUCGUGCGCCCUCGUCGAGCCCACCGGCGACGUCUCCCCCACGCCCCUCGGCAAAAUCAUGUCCUACUACUACCUCUCGCACCACACGAUCCGCUACCUGGCCGCGCACGCCGCGCCCGCCCCGUCGUUCCUCGACGCGCUGACCUGGAUCGCGCACGCCACCGAGUACGACGAGCUGCCCGUGCGCCACAACGAGGACCUGAUCAACGCCGAGCUCGCGCGCGCGCUGCCGCACAACGCCGACCACUUCAACCUGCCGCUGUGGGACCCGCACGUCAAGGCUUUCUUGCUGCUGCAGGCGCACUUAAGCAGGGUGGAGCUGCCGAUUGCCGACUACGUCGGCGAUCUGAACUCCGUGCUCGACCAGGCGAUCCGCAUCACGCAGGCCGCCAUCGACGUGAGCGCGGAACUGGGGCACGCGGGGGCAGUAGAAGUGCUCGUGACGCUGCUGGCGUGCGUCAAGUCUGCGCGCUGGCCCACCGACGCGCCGCUGAGCAUUCUGCCCGGUGUAUCCCCCGCGUCCAUCCAGUCCACACCCGCGGUCUCGCUCGUCGCCGCCACGCUCCUCGCCCCCGCGGCCCUGAAUGCAACACUCAAGUCCCUCGUUCCCGCGUCCGCGGUCCCCCGCGCCGCGGCCCCGCUGUCCCGUCUCCCCAUCCUCAACCUCACCGUGAACAGUGUCUCAGCCCUUUCCCUGUCGCUGCGGCUCGAGCGCCGCAAUCCGGCGCGUCUGCAGGGCGGGGGGGUCAGGGUGUAUGCGCCCCGGUGGGGCAAGGUGCAGACAGAGGGGUUUUUCGUGGUGGUUUGUGUGGCGGGGAGUGGGGAGUUGGUGGGGUUGAAGAGGGUUGGGUGGGUGGAGGGGAGGGGUGGACGCAGUGGCCAUGGUGGCGGCGGUGGUGGUGGGGAUCGCAGUCGUGGUGGUAAUGAUGGUGGGAGGGGUGGACGCGGUGGACGGGGCGGCAGAGGCGGCGCAGAGCGAGGCGCUCGCGGCUACGGCGCUAGUCGAGGUGGACGAGGCCGUGGCGCAGGGGCGCAGAGGCAGAUCGCGGAUGCGUCCUCGCCUUCGCCUUCGACUUCAGCGCCGUCGUCCACACACCUCGCGGCGCCGGGUCUCGAUACUUCGACCCACCCCGUCUCCUCCGACCCCGUCUCCUCCGACCCCGUCUCUACUGACCCCGCCACAACCUCGUCCCCAGCAGGCUCAGCAGGCUCAGCAGGUGCAGCAAGCGCAGCAGCCGGACCUCCUCGUCUCCACGCCUCCCCCACCCUCUCCCUCCCGCCCACAGCCCAGGGCCAGAAACUUAAUAUCACCGUGUACAGUGAUACGUACAUCGGCAUGCAGUGGCGGAUCGACGGGGUGGAGGUGCCGAGGGCGCCGCUGGUGGAGGAGGGGGGGAAGAAAAAGGGGGAGGGGGGUGGGGUGUGGGGGGAUGAUAAUCUAUGAGACGUGAUGGGGUGACGGUAAUCCCGGGUGUGAGGCGGAAUGGGGUUUAGAUAGGGUGUGGGGGGGAAGUGAUGGAGGAAGUGAUGGAGGAUAGGUCAAGACUCUAGGCAGGGUGAGGCAGUCACCUUACACCAGCUUCCCCCCCUUUCUGCCUCCAAGCCCCCCAACACUACCAUUUCAGACAACCCUUCAACCCACCACAACGUCCAAGAUCUAAGAUCUUGUAGUCGCAAAAUGCGAAACCGCACAAGCUCGGUCUCGGGUCCUGUCGCGUGGGAGUCGGGACUUGAGAUGGCUAGCCUUCAUAGAACAAUAAUAUAUACUGUAC